CCGCUUCACUCUCCAGUCCAGCGGGUGGCGCUAAACACAUUUAUUUGCCAAACACCAUUAUACCUCAAAGGAAGAAGGUUAGUUUCACCGCGCUCUCUGUUGUUCUAUCGUGAUGCUGUUAGAAAUGUUUCUGUAAAUAGAGAAAUACAGUUUUUGAAUCAGGUCAAUAAAUACCUGUAAUAUUCUGGUCCUCACAGUCGAGACUAAGUUUUGAAGCAAGCAGGAAUAUCUGGAGGAGUAUCAUCUGAACUGAGAUCUGCUGCUGUGAAGAUGGAGUUUGUUAAAGAAGAGAAUGAAGAGAACACGAGUGAAUCAGAAACCUGGAGAAUAAAACACGAGGAACUAGAAACCCGGAGAAUAAAACACGAGGAACCAGAAACCAGGAGAAUAAAACACGAGGAACCAGAAACCUGGAGAAUAAAACACGAGGAAAACGAAACCCGGAGAAUAAAACACGAGGAACAAAAAGGUCUGAUGAAAAUUAAAGAAGAAAGACGAGAUACGAAAGAGGUGGAAGAGAUGUAUCAGGAUCAGAAAGAUCAUGAUGUCAAUGGAGAAAAAUCAGUGAGUUGCAGCAUUAAAAAAACAGAAGUCAAACGGCCCUUCAGCUGCUCUCAGUGUGAAAAGAGUUUCACACGUAAGGGAUACCUUAAUACUCACAUGUUAAUUCAUGCUGGAAUAAAGCCUUUCACCUGUCCACAGUGUGGAAAGAGUUUCAUGAGUAAAGGAAUCCUGGGGGAUCACAUGUUAAUCCAUACUGGGAUCAAGUCUUUCAGCUGCUCUCAUUGUGGAAGGAGUUUUAAACAUAAAUCAAUCCUUAAGAGGCACAUGUUAAUUCAUACUGGUAUAAAGUCAUUCAGCUGCUCUCAGUGUGGAAAGACAUUUACACAGAAAUCAAGCCUUAAGGGUCACAUGUUAAUCCAUACUGGGAUAAAGUCUUUCAGCUGCUCUCAGUGUGGAAAGAGUUUUACACAUAAAUCACACCUUAGGAGGCACAUGUUAAUUCAUGCUGGGAUCAAGUCUUUCAGCUGCUCUCAGUGUGGAAAGAGUUUCACACAGAAAAGUCAACUUAAAAAACAUUUGGUAACACACACUUCAGAAAAACCUUUCUCCUGCUCUCAGUGUGGAAAGAGUUUUAAAAAUACUUCAAUCCUUAAGAGGCACAUGUUAAUUCAUACUGGGAUAAAGUCUUUCAGCUGCUCUCAGUGUGGAAAUACUUUUACACAGAACGAACACCUUAAGACUCAUUUGGUAACUCACACUUCAGAAAAACCUUUCAUCUGCUCUCAGUGUGGAAACACUUACACAUUUAAAUCAAGCCUUAAGAGGCACAUGUUAAUUCAUACUGGGAUAAAGCCUUUCUCCUGCUCUCAAUGUGGAAAGACUUUUACACAUAAAUCAAACUUUAAUAAGCACAUGUUAGUUCAUACUGGAAUAAAGUCUUUCAGCUGCUCUCAGUGUGGAAAGAGUUUUACACAGAAAUCAAACCUUAAUAAGCACAUGUUAGUUCAUACUGGGAUGAACUCUUUCAGCUGCUCUCAGUGUGGAAAGAGUUUUACACAUAAAUCAAACCUUAAUAGGCACAUGUUAGUUCAUACUGGGAUGAACUCUUUCAGCUGCUCUCAGUGUGGAAAGAAUUUCAGACACAAAGGACAACUUAAUAUUCAUUUGGUAACUCACUCUUCAUAAAAGCCUUUCUCCUGCUUUCAGUGUGAAAAGAGUUUUACUUAAAAAGAAGAACUUAUGGCUUGUUUCCACUGAGCUGUACGGUACAGUCCAUUACAAUUUGGCACGGGGAACCCUGAUCAGACUUGUGUUUCCACUGCCAGUACUACCUUUACUUGGUAGAUGUGGUGUAUGCCUGAAAGUAGCGAAUGACAAUGAACCGCAACAAUAGGCACAACUCUGCCUCUUUUUGUUGUUGAUCGAAUAAAACAAUUUUUGUUAAAUGUCAGUUUUAAUGACCAAUAAUAGCAAUUAUAAAAGGAUAAGUACAGCUUAUAAAAAAAUUCAAAUUAAGUAAAUAAAGUGUAGGACCUCGUUGAAUAAGCAACAGCACAAGAAAAUAUUGCACAAGUGGCUUCUUCUGCCAAUGGAAUUAAAAGAGCCUAUUUUCUCCCAUCUGCGAUCUGAACACCAUUAAUGGUUAAAUAAAGGGGAACAAUUGUCUGGAAACGAAUGGCUAAAAACCUAUGUCAGCAUUAGGAGAAGUGAUAACGUGAUUCCACAACAGAGGACGUCUGUUCCAAAAUACCCCUGCUCAUCAGAAAACGAAUCAUGAGCUAAUCACGUGACGUCGUCAUCCUGAGACGGUUUCCUGUCAGCUGUGCUGCCAUCUCCUAAAAAGGAGCUGUUUUAAUUAACUCUGAUCACAUCAUCACAUCAUCAUCAAUAAUCAAUGGACCACAACAAAGGGAACAUACAGCGUGUCCCAUGACUUGUGACUUGCUUGUGAAUUUUUCUACAAACUGAACUUUUCAAUAAAUAAUUUCAAAAGGACAACCAUUGAGGAAUCUGAAGGUUAAACUGUAUUCACAAAUAAUGUUUUAUAUUUGUUUGAUGUGUUCAAAUGUAAUCGUUGCAACUUCAACCAAUGUUUUAUUGGUUUUAGCAGAUAGUGCUAUUAAAUGUAAGAUAUGGAAAGUUUAGUGUUGAACGAAAGCGCACCUUAUUUGCUUAAACUUGGAGUGAAUGUAAU